GGGAAAUGCGCAUGCGCCUUCCAGAUUUGUACUUUGCGGCAGUUCUGCAUGCUCCAGUCUACAGGUUAUUUUGCAGAAGGAAUGUGGCUUGAGAAAGUUAAUGCGAAAUCAACAUUGAACUUUGUUAACUGCUGCUAUCAAGAUUUGUAGACUAAAAACGUUCUUCGCCAGUUCACCUCUAAAUUAGUAUCAGGAUACUUUCAGAAUGUCUAGCAAAGAAGUGAAGACUGCCCUAAAAAGUGCAAGAGAUGCAAUCAGAAACAAAGAGUACAAAGAAGCUUUGAAACAUUGCAAGACAGUGUUAAAACAAGAGAAAAAUAACUAUAAUGCCUGGGUUUUCAUUGGUGUUGCCGCAGCUGAAUUGGAACAGCCCGACCAGGCCCAGGGCGCCUAUAAGAAAGCUGCUGAGCUGGAGCCAGAACAGCUACUUGCUUGGCAGGGGCUAGCGAGUUUGUAUGAGAAGUGUAAUCAUGAAAAUGCUAAGGGGGAUUUACCUGGUGUUUACCAAAAGCUGUUGGAUCUCUAUGAAAGUGUUGACAAACAGAAGUGGUGUGAUGUCUGUAAGAAGCUUGUGGGUCUGCAUCACCAGGAAAAGAGACAGCUAGAGGUGGCUCGGACAUGGUAUAAAUUGAUAAAGACACGGCGAGAAGACGGAGCCGACAAGCAAGAGCUUUAUGAGCUGUGGAGAAAACUGACUGAGUUGCUAGCUGAGAAUAUAGAGGACCAGGAUAAUGAAACCCAGCAGAUGCUUUUAACUGCAUUUGAGAAUGCACUGGACUUAGCAGAUAGUAUUCCCAGUGAAGAUCACCAAGUACUUUAUAGGCAUUUCAUUCAAUGCUUAUCUAAAUUUCCUCAUGAGACUACAAGGUUGAAGAAGGCUUGUGAAGGGAUGAUAAAUAUCUAUCCCACCGUACAGUAUCCACUAGAAGUGAUUUGUUUGUACUUGAUUGAGACAGGGAGUUUGACAGAUGAGGGACAGCGGUAUUGUUGUAAGCUAGUGGAAAUGAAUUCAAAAAGUGGUCCAGGCCUCAUUGGCUUAGGCAUUAAAGCUUUACAAGACAAGAAGUACGAAGAUGCUGUUAGUCACCUAACAGAAGGCUUGAGAGAAAGCCCUCUUUGCAUAGCUGGCUGGUGUCGUCUAGCAGAAGCCCAAACCAGAAUGCACAGACCCAAGGAAGCUGUCCUUUCUUGCAACCAAGCACUGAAGAACAUAGAUAAUCAUGGUGUGGCAGGUGGCAGCCGUCAUCAGAAGAGUCUUUGUCUUCUGAAAGCAGAGGCUUUGCUUCAACUCUCGGACUGUGAGUCUUCAGAGGAAGCAGUUCGCAUUCUUGAUCAGGUUUCGGAUGCAGAUAAUACCCCAGGACUGCUGGUUCUUCGAGGCCUGGCUCAUCUGAACACAGGUGCUGUAGACGAGGCUACAAAGAUUAUGGAAGAUCUUCGAGCUUCUUACCCUGACCUGGCCAAAGUCCACGCGCUUGAGGCUCUGAUACAUUUUACUAAGAAGGACUAUCUGCAAGCAGAAGCAUGUUUCCAGAGAGCACUUGAGAAAGAUGCUGAAGUUGCUGAAUAUCAUUACCAGCUUGGGUUGACAUACUGGUUCAUGGGUGAAGAGACAAGAAAAGAUAAAGCAAAGGCUCUUACCCACUUUCUGAAGGCGGCAAGACUGGACACAUACAUGGGUAAAGUUUUCUGCUAUUUAGGUCAUUAUUACCGCGAUGUAGCUGGAGAUAGGAGCAGAGCCCGCGGAUGUUACAGGAAAGCUUUUGAAUUGGAUGACACCGAUGCCGAGUCUGGAGCAGCAGCCGUUGACCUAAGUGUGGAACUUGAAGACACGGAAACUGCUUUAGCUAUCUUAACAGCAGUAACUCAAAAGGCAAGCGCUGGAGCAGCAAAAUGGGCCUGGCUUAGGCGAGGACUGUACUAUUUGAAAGCUGGUCAGCAUUCUCAAGCAGUGGCUGAUUUACAGGCGGCACUAAGGGCAGACCCAAAGGACUGUAAUUGUUGGGAAUCCUUGGGAGAGGCGUACUUAAGCAGGGGUGGCUAUACAACAGCCUUGAAGUCUUUCACGAGAGCCAGUGAGCUGAACCCAGACUCCACCUACAGUGUGUUUAAGGUGGCAGCAAUUCAGCAGAUCCUAGGCAGGUAUACAGAAGCCGUCGCUCAGUAUCAGCUCAUCAUUAAAAAGAAAGAGGAUUAUGUGCCGGCCUUGAAAGGUUUGGGUGAGUGCUAUCUGAUGAUGGCGAAAGCAGCUUUAGUGGAUUUUCUGGAUGGGAAAGCUGUGGACUAUGUGGAAAAAGCACUGGAAUAUUUUACUUGGGCACUGCAGCAUCGAGCUGAUGUGUCCUGCCUUUGGAAGCUUGCUGGGGAUGCCUGCACCAGCCUGCAUGCUGUUUCACCGUCAAAAGUGAAUGUUCAUGUCUUAGGAGUCCUUCUUGGUCAGCAAGAAGGAAGAGAAGUAUUCAAGAAAGACGAGCUCCUGCAUCUUGGAGGAAGAUGCUAUGGUCGUGCAUUAAAGUUGAUGUCUACAUCUAAUACAUGGUGUGAUCUUGGAAUUAAUUAUUACCACCAAGCACGACAUCUGGCAGAGACAGGCAGCAACACGGAUGGCCUUACAGAGCUCCUGGAGAAAUCUGUGCAUUGUCUGAAGAAGGCAGUGAGAUUGGACAGUAAUAAUUACUUAUACUGGAAUGCUCUUGGUGUGGUUGCAUGUUACCAUGGUAUUAGAAAUUAUGCCCUUGCUCAGCACUGUUUCAUCAAAUCAAUCCAAGCAGAACAAAUUAAUGCUGCUGCAUGGACCAAUUUAGGAGUGCUAUACCUUGCGACUGAAAACAUCGAGCAAGCUCAUGAAGCUUUCAAAAUGGCUCAGUCCCUUGAUCCAUCUUAUUUAUUGUGCUGGAUUGGACAAGCUCUUAUUGCAGAGACAGUUGGAAGUUAUGACACCAUGGAUCUCUUCAGGCACACUACAGAGCUAAGUAUGCAUACUGAAGGAGCCAUAGGUUAUGCAUAUUGGGUUUGUACAACGUUACAAGACAAAAGCAACAGAGAAACAGAGCUAUACAAGUACAACAUCCUCCAGAUGAACGCUGUCCCUGCAGCACAGGCUGUUCUGUGUAAAUAUGUGGAAAGAAUUCAGAAUGACGCUCCAGCUUUCACAAUGUUGGGUUAUUUAAACGAACUUCUGCAGCUGAGAAGGGAAGCAGCAGAGGCAUACCAAAGGGCAACUGCGCUGUUACAGUCCACAGAAGACCAACAUACUUACAAUGUUACAGUGAGAAACUGGGGCAGAUUGUUAUGUUCCCUUGGUGACUAUGACAGAGCUAUACAGGCCUUUAAGUCAACGCCCCUUGAGGAACUGGAGGACAUCAUAGGUUUCGCAUUAGCGUUGUUUAUGAAGGGCCUGUAUAAGGAGAGCAAUAAAGCCUAUGAGAGAGCCUUGACUGUUGUUAAAUCAGAGCAAGACAAAGCUCAUGUCUUGACAGCUCUGGCAAUAACAGAAUACAAACAAGGACAAAUGGAUGCAGCCAAGUCACUGCUUUUCAAAUGCUCUAUUUUAAAGGAACCAACCACAGAAAGCCUUCAAGCCCUGUGCGCUCUGGGCUUGGCAAUGCAGGAUGCUACACUGUCCAAAGCAGCACUUAAUGAGUUCCUGAAGCAUGUUAAACAGGAAAAUGGUUACCACAGGUGCCUUCUGACUGCAGCAGUGUACGCCCUGCAGGGCCGCGGUGGGGCGGUGCAAAGACAGGCGUCCAGGGCGGUCCACAGCAACCCUGCUGACCCCGCUCUUUGGUCUUUGCUGUCCCGAGUUGUUGCUCAGUACGCUCAGCGGAAUGCAAAGGGAGGUGCUGUAGCUGGCAUUGUGGCUCAUAUUCUGGAUUCAAAUCACGGAAAGAAGGCAUUAUUAUAUACUGCAGUAAACCAGCUGGCCAUGGGAAGCAAUACAGCAGAAGAUGAAAAAAAUACUGCUUUGAAGACCAUUCAGAAGGCAGCUUUCCUUUCUCCAGAUGACCCUGCUGUCUGGGCUGGGCUGAUGGCAGCCUGCCAUGCUGAUGAUAAACUGGCUUUGGUCAGCAACACUCAGCCAAAGAGGGUGGAUUUGCACUUAGCAUUGCUGUCUGCUGUUUCUGCCUCACUUAAGGACAAAGAAAGUUUGCAAAAUUACAACCAGUCACUUGAAAAGUGGUCUCUCUCACAAGCUGUCACUGGUCUAAUUGACACAGGAAAAAUAUCUGAAGCUGAAUCUCUGUGCACAAAGAAUUUAAAAAGUAACCCUGAUCAGCCAGCUGUUAUCUUAUUGCUGAGACAAGUUCAGUGUAAAUCACUCCUGGAAUCACAGAAGCCCCUCCCAGAUGCUGUACUUGAAGAACUGCAAAAAACAGUCAUGUCCAAUUCCACCUCUGUUCCGGCGUGGCAGUGGUUGGCACAGGUGUAUCAGUCCCAAGGAAUGAUGGGUGCUGCAGAGAUGUGUUACAGAAAGAGCCUACAAGUGGCAUCCCAACAGGGCAGUUGGAGUGGGAAGCUCUCGAGUCUGUUGAAGCUAGCACUGCUAGCGUUGGAAGUCUGCAUGGCUAAUGUUUCGGGUGAUCACUGGUCGUCCUUGCUUCAAGAGGCCACAAGCGAGGCCUUGAAAGUUUGCUUUUGUCCUCUGGCUGUCUUCUUGCAAGCUUUGUUACAGUUCAACCGCAAGAUGGGAGCAAGAGAGACACGGCGACUCUUGGAGAGAGUGGUGUAUCAGCCUGGUUAUCCCACCUCAAUUGUAUCAACUGCACGCUGGUACCUUUUAAGACACCUCUAUGCGAAAAAUGACUAUGAGCUCAUUGACGUGUUGGUGAAGAACGCUGAAACUCACGGUGAUAAGAGAACAUUGGAUCUGAACAAGAAGCUGUCGUCAUCAUAAUCUCAGGCUGUGAGACUCCGUAAGAACUGAAUAAAGUAGGACAGGCAGUGACGAGUUCACCAGAACAGCUAGUCUAGGACUAGAGCUGUAUCAGCUGGGCGCGGUGGUGCUCGCCUUUAAUCCCAGCACUCAGAAGGCAGAGGUGGGUGGAUCAAUGUGAGUUCCAGACCAGCCAGCAGUACACAGUGAGAUCCAUCUUGAAAAAAAAAAUUUUAAAUAAUAAAGCAAAUAAAUUAAAAGGUACAGUUUUAGUCAUCCCUUGCUUUUCCUUUUUCCUUUUUUAAUCUAGAGAAGUUGAAUUUCUUACGUUAGGGCCGUAACUUUCCAGUAACCCUUGAUCUACUUUUGUCCUGAAAGACAUCUCUGACUUGGUCCUUAAGGAGGUGAAACCCUCACUCCCUUACUUGUUUUUGUUUGUUUGCUCGUGUUCUUUCCUAGACAGGGUUUCUCUGUGUAGCCCUGGCUGCCCUGGAACUCAGAGAUCCGCCUGCCUCUGCCUCCUGAGUGCUGGGAUUAAAGGUGUGCGCCACCACUGCCCAGCACUAACCGUUACUUCUUAUAUUUGCACGGGUAUAAUGUGGUGUCUUUUGGAGGUUGCCUUUAACAAUUCAGCCUUUGUAUCCAUUUUACAAAUAAUAUGAAAAAGUAAAUUUUCAUUUUUUUUUUUUUUUAAAUUUCAGAGUUCUUCAGACCCAGUCUUGGUGAAAUAUACAUGUGCUCUUGUAGUCUGUCUGCUAGUCCCAUCUCAGAUCCUAGUGAAGGAGCCUUACAUGAAUGCUUGUAAGAUGUGACUGCUAAUGAAUAUGUCUGUAAAGUUUAAAGUGCUCAGUUACCUAGUUGCAUUUAAAAACAAGUAUUAAUGAAAAAUAUGUUGAAAAUGACGCUGAUAAUAUUUAAUUAUUCGUGCAAUUUCUUCAUGAUGAAAAGACAUGAACUACCUGAAAUAAAACAAAAAUCAAUAUCU